UCCCGGGACUCAGAGAGCGACCUCUCCCACUCCCUCAGCUUCCUAGGAUUUAGUUUCUCAGGGAUGGCCGCAUCUAUUCUGGAGGUAGGGAAUGUAAUUGAAGACGCACGCUAUGGCUCCAGUCCUCUGGCUAUGUUAACUGCUACCUGCAACAAAUUUGGCAACACCAGCCCUGUCAGGGAUUCAGCUACACCUGGCAAGAACGGCAGCAACACUCCAGUAAAGAAGCCCUACACCAUGACGUCUGACCUUCAAGCAGCUAAGAAUGGGCGGACGACAGACGGCAGCGGCCUGACAGACUCCUACACUGGUUCUUUCACCACAGCCGGAGGAGGCGGUGGGCUGCUUACUCCCACUGGAAGCCCCCCUCCUUCAGCUGGAGGCUACACGACAGAUUACAGCCCGUUCUCCCACUCCUUCCAGACCUCAGUUUCCCAGGACCCGUCCCUUUUAGUGUCCAAGGCCCAUGCGACGGCCGACUGUCUCACCAGUGUCUAUACCUCGCUGGAUAUGACACACCCUUAUGGCUCCUGGUACAAGGCUGGAAUCCACCCUGGCAUAACCGCAGCUCCGGCUAAUGCAACUUCCUCCUGGUGGGAUGUCCACCCCAAUUCCAACUGGCUGUCAGCGACACAGCCCCAAGCUGACGGAGGUCUCCAGGCUUCCCUGCAGCCCGUGGCGCCGCAGGCAUCCCUUAGCCCACAGCUGCCAAGUUACAGCACCGACUUCACGCCACUCAACCCGGCUCCGUAUCCCUCUGUGGGACUGGGGUCGUCCUCACAUCUCCUCCAACCCUCGCAGCACAUGCUGCCACAGGACAUGUACAAGCCCAAGCCCGUGCAAAGCGCAGGGCUGAUUGAGAGUCCCAUGGGCCUAAAGCCCGCCAGGGGGUCGGGAGGCUACGCUGGGGGGGGAGCGCCUAGCAGAUCUUCGUGCGACUGCCCCAACUGCCAAGAGCUGGAGAGACUCGGAGCCUCGGCCGCAUCCCUGAGGAAGAAACCGGUCCACAGCUGCCACAUCCCCGGCUGCGGAAAGGUCUACGGCAAGGCCUCCCACUUAAAAGCCCAUCUCCGCUGGCACACGGGGGAGCGGCCCUUCGUCUGCAACUGGCUGUUCUGCGGAAAGCGCUUCACCCGCUCGGACGAGUUGGAGAGGCACGUGCGCACCCACACGCGGGAGAAGAAGUUCACCUGUCUACUGUGCAACAAGCGCUUCACGCGCAGCGACCACCUCUCAAAGCAUCAGAAGACCCACGCAGAUUCUGCUCUGCAGGGGAAGGCCGUGGCCGGGGAGGGAGACGCGGAUCCUCGGAGCGAAGACACCGCAGAGCUCAACUCCGGCGCCGUAGCCACCAAUCCCGGCGCUGACCAAAUCACCAGUGCGGAGGAGAAGACUGCCACACCUAACGGAGUGGAGAACAGCAGUGGAUUGUUGGAGAUAUGACUGUAUUAAAGUUUCUGUCCAGUACUAUCUCAUGACAUUAUAAGUUUGUUCUCAUGGAGAAGAAAAACACUUUUUUUUUCUUACUUCAGAACAUUAAAUGGAUAUGAGUCAAUUAUUUGGAGAGACUUCUUAUGAUAAGUCACUGAUGAGUUUGCAGGUAGCAAUCCCUUCACUUUCCCUGGACCGCACACACAUUCAACCAAAUAUGAGCGAGGCUGCAAACAUACAAGCACAAGCUUUCACAGACAUACACAUGAAAAUGUAAAGCCGAGCCUUGAUAUAUGAUAACAUGCACAUGUGCACAUUUGCAUGCACAGAAAUAAUUAUGUGCAAAUGUGCAAGCAUAUAUAAUGCAUUCAUGCAUGCAAGGUUACCCACAAAAGUAUGCCUAUUCAGACAUGCACGCAAGUAAACAUGGUCAUGCACACAUUUUGCAGUCUGCACACAUUUUCUGCCUUUCAAAUGAGACAAACCACUGGGGACAUUUAAUCUGCCAAAGCAGAGAGAGAAGCAAUCCGAGGAUGCAGAAAGGAAAGUGGUUUUAGAGCAAAACUUACGGUUAGGAUGAUGGAUCUGAUGGAGCAUUGCAUGCCUAUAGGAAGAUCAGAUUCACAGUUUUAUUUUAAUACUUAGUCAUUUUUCUUAAAACAAACUAUGAGCAGUCUUAAGUAAAGCUUGCUGUUGUCAAACGCACUCUGAUCUGUAAGAACUUGCAUUUCACUUUUGUUUUUUCUGUUUGCUUCUUAUGUCUUAAUUUAAUUUCGUAUUUACAAGAAUAAUCUAAUUUAUGUCUUAAAUUAUACACAUGGAAGUUUAUCUUGCAUCUUGCAGGAAAUAUUAUGGCUAAAAAAAAGGUUAAAGAUGGUUAAAAAGAAAAAAAAACUAAAAUGCAUUAAAUUAAGAAUUUUUUUCCUAUUUAUUAGUUAUAAUGUAGAGUUUUGGGAGUAUGUUUUUAAAGUUUUAUUUAUAGAUCUUGAAGCUUACUGUGCCUGUAAACUAAUUCUGUAUCAUCUUUUAAUUGUGGAGUCUUUCACAUCUGGAAAAGAUAUUAUUCAAAUGGGCUUCCUAUUAUUGUUUGUAUAUACUAUAUAUUGAUAACAAUAUAUAGAAUUUUGUCAAGUGUGCUAUUUUUCUACUUUUUUUAAAAUGUCAUUUCUGUAUUUUGUGUAACUUUUCACCGUGAAAAGAUGUCUUUAUUUCUAUUAUCAGACACAUAAUCAUAGGAGCUUCAUUUGUUGAUGGUAAAUUCCCUCAUCACGGUAGAACAGAGCUACCAGUGUUUGCUGACUUGUGAAAUGAGUGUAAAAGAUACUGUAAAUAAUGAUGAAGCAUGGAACCUCAAUAAGGUACACAUGUUGUAAGAUUUAAGGUGUCAAAUCAUGACAAUGUUGGUGCUUUCAAAAGUAAAAA